AUGGUGUCUGAUAAUUUCGAAGCAAAUGCUCCAUCCCCUUUUCCUGAGAGUAAAAUCUCUACACCCCUUUUGCCUGAGACUGAGAUCAAUCAUGAAGCACAUCACAUAAGAAAUGACUCAAGUCAAAAGGAUAGUACAGCGGAGAAAAAUAACGAUGACAUCCAUCCUAUUCAUGGUUCGCCCACAGAUUCCGAGUACUUAAGCUGCACAGAUGUUGAUCAGAGUACAAGUAUUAGGAAAAAGGUGAUAUUAGAAUGGUUCCUGGUUGUUGCCAAUGUUGUAACUGAGGUUUCAACAGCCGUGCUCGAUCAGCUUUCGUCUCCACACAAGUCCCAUUUUGCUCUAAUUGCUACAGUGACAUCUUUCGUCACCCUAGGAUUUUGCAUUAUUGAGAUUUGUUGCAAGUGUAGUCAGGGAAAGUAUGUCUGGAAAAUGAAAGGCAAGUUUUAUUGGUUUUAUAAUGCAGGAGAUGGCAAGCCUUUUGGUUCAAUACCGGGUAUCAUUGGAUUGGUUUCUGGCACUCUUCAGUUUAUUUUAACAGCAGUUGCUUACGGGGUGUACUAUUCUCGACAUGUUAAUAGUCCUAUUAAACUACACAUUGGCUCCAUCAUCUUUGCUAUUGGUCUGUUAUGCUCAAAAAUUAUUGGUGAGAAGCACAAGACAUGGCAGCAUUUUGAGAGCUCUGAAAGCACAUAGAUUUAAAAUGUUAUUUUCUCCAAUCAGGUGUGCAGAAUGGAUUUGAUGUUGAAUGAUUGUUACAUCAAUUUAUGUAGGAAAUGCUAGAUAUAUAAAGACUAUUACAAAGACUCUUUGUAAGACUCUUUGUACAUCUAACAUUUUUUCAAUUUAUUUCAUUCUUCUAUUAAACAUAUGUAGGACCUCCAUUUAUAUUGAUUAAUGGGCCUGGUUGGGUUUCGACUUUUUUUGGGCCAUUGUGUAGUUGGUUUAUGGAUAUUAACUUAUAUACGAACACUUGAGAGGGUAUGGAAUAUAAUA